AUGCAGGUCAAGGGAGGAAUAUGUGGCCCCUGGAUUCCUCAUGAUGGUCGUAUUUUUACACACACUGUUUCAACUGCAGGAAGGAUGACUCAGACUAACUGGACUGCAAAGGUGCUACUGUUUCACAUAGGGGUGACCUCUCUUAUUGCCCACAUCAGGGUUGGAAAAAUGCAAGCUGCUCUUGAAGCUAAGACGAGUGUGCUACCAGCUAUAGUAUGUGGUGAUGACAUUUGUGAUGAGGGAGAGAUGUGUUCCACCUGCCCAGCUGACUGUGGAGAAUGUCCAAUGACUCCGGCGAUCAAGGCUGCCAUCAGCUUUCCUCUGGUGUUUGUUUUUGCUGGGUUCAUCCUCACUGUGGUGUGGUUCCAAUAUCAAAAACAAAAGCUGUUCUGGGAUGAAAGCUGGAUUAUAGAUUUUAGUGAAAUUAAGCAAGACCACAUAAUACGGAACACAACCGGGAGUAUCGUGAGUGUUCCAAACGGCAACAGUGACUCAAAUGCCAGCUGCAUCACCGCUCUCAGUUCCUGCACAGGCACUGUCAAUGCAUCCCGAAGACAGCAUUUCACCUACACUGGAGUCUAUGAUGGGCGCACAGUGGCCAUUAAGAAAAUCAAGAAGAAGACCUUUGCACUGACAAAAACAAUACGGAAGGAGGUUAAACAAGUUAGGGAACUUGAUCAUCCAAACUUGUGUAAAUUUUUUGGUGGCUGCAUUGAAGUGCCCAAUAUAGCAAUAAUAACAGAAUAUUGCCCAAAGGGAAGUCUCAACGAUGUUUUGCUAAAUGAGGAAAUUCCCCUGAAUUGGGGUUUCAGAUUUUCUUUUGCUACUGAUAUUGCCAGGGGAAUGGCCUAUCUCCAUCACCACAAAAUUUGCCAUGGAAGAUUAAAGUCAACGAACUGUGUAAUUGAUGAUCGCUGGGUCUGUAAACUCUCAGAUUACUGUUUGACAACAUAUAGAAAGGAUGAAACUGGUGAAAACCCCACCUCAUACCAGCAGAGGGUGAUGCAAGUGUAUAUGCCACCUGAAGUCCAGUCUAUUGAUUAUGAACCCACAUUUGCAGGAGAUGUUUUUAGUUAUUCAAUUAUACUGUUGGAAAUUGCAACUAGAAGUGAUCCAGUCCCAACUGAGGACAGUUCACUUGAACAUGCUUGCUGCCCUCCUUUACCUGAGUUAAUAGCCGGCAAAUCAGAAAACUCGUGUCCUUGCCCAACUGAAUAUGUGGAGCUAAUAAGAAGGUGCAGAACAAACAAUGUCACUCAAAGGCCCACAUUUGAACAAAUAAAAAAGUUUCUGCAUAGAAUAAACCCAAGCAAAGUGAGCCCUGUGGAUAUGAUGAUGAACCUGAUGGAAAAAUAUAGUAAACACCUGGAAGUGUUGGUAGCUGAACGGACCCAAGACUUGAUGCAUGAAAAGCAAAAAACAGAUUGCUUGCUGUACAGUAUGCUCCCUAAACAAGUAGCUGAUGACCUAAGACAAGGAAAACCAUCUCAAGCUCAAAGUUACGUCAGUGCAACGAUAUUUUUCAGCGAUAUUGUUGGAUUCACUCAACUUUCAAGUACAAGCACUCCUUACCAAGUUGUGGAAUUCCUAAACAAACUUUACACUACAUUUGAUGAAAUUAUCGACAAUUAUGAUGUGUACAAGGUUGAAACAAUAGGGGAUGCAUACAUGGUAGUAUCAGGAGUACCAAAAGAGAAUGGGAUUAAACAUGCUAGUGAAAUUGCUUGCAUGGCUCUUGAUCUUGUUGCUGUUUGCGGAACAUUUCGAAUUCCACAUAAACCAAACACUCAGCUGCAGAUUCGAGCUGGCAUUCAUUCAGGUCCAGUUGUAGCUGGUGUGGUCGGAACAAAAAUGCCUCGGUACUGUUUGUUUGGUGAUACGGUGAACACAGCUUCACGAAUGGAAUCAACAAGUCAAGCGCUGAAAAUACAGUGUAGUUCUGGUUCAUACUGUCUGCUGCAAGAAAUCGGUGGUUAUGUACUGACAUGUCGAGGGACUUUGCAAGUAAAGGGAAAAGGGGAUAUGGUCACCUACUGGCUAGAUGGAAAGCAACCUGCCUCCACAUCUGAGGAGACUCCAGUCAAGACUGCUGGGAUUAGUGAGAGACCCAGUGAUAAUUGUAAGACUAUUCCAGCAUUUGCCAGUAAUUAUCUCCAUAUAAAUCCUGCCUAA